AUGACUGAUAACGAAUUGCAGAACGAUCUUGGAGACCAGCCGCAAGAGAAGACAGCGAAACAGUUAGAGAAGGAAGCUAAAAAGGCUGCCAAAUUAGAGAAAUUAAAAGCCAAGUUGGACAAGAAAAGCUCUGCACCAGCUGUGCAGAAAGUGCAGAAAGAUAAGCCCGAGAAAAAAUUAAAAGAAGCAAAGGAAAGUGCAGUAUAUUCUGGUAAUACAACUCCAGGAGAUAAGAAAGAUAUUGCUGGGCCUAUGCCGGAUGCUUAUAGUCCACAAUAUGUAGAGGCAGCCUGGUAUGCAUGGUGGGAAAAACAGGGAUUCUUCAAACCAGAAUAUGGUAGAAAGUCCAUAUUGGACCCAAACCCUAAGGGUAAGUUUGUAAUGGUGAUUCCACCUCCAAAUGUCACUGGCACUCUUCAUCUCGGUCAUGCUCUCACUAAUGCUGUUGAAGAUGCCAUUACUAGGUGGCACAGGAUGAAUGGCCGUACAACAUUAUGGAACCCUGGCUGUGACCAUGCAGGUAUUGCAACUCAAGUGGUGGUGGAGAAGAAAGUUUGGAGAGAAGAGAAGAAAACCAGACAUGACCUUGGUAGAGAGGAGUUUAUAAAACGUGUUUGGGAUUGGAAAAAUGAAAAAGGCGACCGCAUCUAUUCGCAGCUGCGCUCUCUUGGCUCUUCCUUUGAUUGGUCUCGGGUUCGGUUCACGAUGGACCCCUCAAUGUGUCGGGCUGUAAACGAAGCUUUUAUUCGUCUGCACGACUCGGGAGACAUCUACCGCGCCAAUCGCUUGGUGAACUGGUCAUGCGCGCUUAAAAGCGCCAUUUCAGACAUAGAGGUGGAUAAGGUCGAGCUGAGUGGGAGAACUAUGCUGUCCAUUCCAGGUUACGAGCAAAAGGUGGAGUUUGGUGUGCUGGUACUUUUUGCUUACAAAGCUGAAGACACUGGGGAGGAAGUGGUCGUGGCCACCACUCGUGUGGAGACCAUGCUUGGUGAUGUGGCAGUCGCUGUGCAUCCACAAGAUGUCAGAUAUAAGCAUUUGCUGGGGAAGUAUUUAGUGCAUCCGAUACUCAAAAGAAAGCUGCCUGUCAUCGCAGACGAUUACGUCGAUAUGAACUUCGGAACAGGCGCCGUCAAAAUAACACCCGCCCACGAUCCCAACGACUACGAGAUAGGGAAACGGCACGGGCUCCCCUGCCUAACCAUUUUCGACGACGAGGGCGUGAUGCUUCACAACUGCGGCCCCUUCGCCGGCAAGAAGCGGUUCCAAGUGCGUCGCGAGAUCGUCAAAACCCUUGAGCAGCUGAAGCUGUACAAGGAGACGAAGGACCACGCCAUGGUGGUGCCUCUCUGCAGCCGUUCCAAGGACGUGGUGGAGCCGAUGCUGAAGCCACAAUGGUACAUAAAGUGCGACACGAUGGCCGCUGAGGCGAUCAGAGCGGUGAAGACGGGCGAGUUGAAGAUAAUCCCGGACGUGCACGAGAAGAUCUGGUACCACUGGAUGGAGAACAUCCGCGACUGGUGCAUCUCGCGGCAGCUGUGGUGGGGCCACCGCAUCCCGGCAUACAGGGUCCAGCUCCCGGCUCAGACGGAGGAUGAGUUGUGGGUGUCCGCCCAUUCGGAGGAGGAGGCGCUCGCCAAGGCGUCCGCCAAGUACGGGGUGGCGAGCGAGCUGAUAACCCUCAAGAGGGAUGAGGACGUUCUAGACACCUGGUUCUCAUCCGGUCUUUUCCCCUUCUCCAUAUUCGGCUGGCCCGAUCAGACGGACGAUCUGAAGGCGUUUUACCCUGGAACCCUAUUGGAGACCGGACACGACAUCCUCUUCUUCUGGGUGGCGAGAAUGGUCUUCUUCGGGCAGAAGCUGCUCGGCAAACUGCCCUUCAAAGAGGUCUACCUGCACCCGAUGGUGCGAGACGCGCACGGGCGCAAGAUGUCCAAGUCGCUGGGCAACGUGAUCGACCCGGUGGACGUGGUGCGCGGCGUCACCCUGGACCAGCUCCACGGGCAGCUGCUGGAGUCGAACCUGGACCCGCGCGAGGUGGAGAGGGCCCGGCUGGGCCAGAGGCAGGACUACCCCAACGGCAUACCCGAGUGCGGCACGGACGCCCUGAGAUUCGCCCUCUGCGCUAUGACCCAGGGGAGGGACUUGAACCUGGACAUCCUCAGAGUCCAGGGCUACAGGUUCUUCUGCAACAAACUGUGGAACGCCACCAAGUUUGCCCUCAUGUAUUUCCCCAAGGAUACCACUUAUGAGGCGCUUAAUACCAGCCUACCGGCGCUCUCGCCGAUGGACCAAUGGAUGCUAUCGCGUCUCUCGUUAGCCGUGCAGAAGGUGAACUCCGGUUUCCAGCAUUACGACUUUCCGUCUGCCACCACCCACUGCUACAACCUGUGGCUCUACGAUCUGUGCGACGUUUACCUGGAAUACCUCAAGCCCGUGUUUGCCAGUGGCACAGACUCCGAGAAGGAAGCUGCCAGAAGAACCUUGUACACCACUUUGGAGUAUGGAUUGAAGCUACUCAGCCCGUUCAUGCCCUUCGUCACUGAGGAGUUGUUCCAGCGGCUGCCCAGGGCUGACUCCACCUGCCCCUCAAUAUGCGUGGCCAGCUAUCCCACUGAGUCAGACGCACCUUGGCGGUCGGAGCAACUGGAAUCUGAGGUGGAAACCGUGAUGAAAAUGGUCCAUCAGAUCCGUUCAACUCGCUCCGAGUACAAUCUGACCAACAAGCAGAAAACUACCGCCCAUUUGCUGAUCUCCUCCGAACUCAAGGUGGAUGAGCUGAGAAGUCUGUUCAGAAGUCUCCAAUCUCUAGCCAACAGCGAGCUAAGUGAUGAACAGCCACCAAUGGGAUGUUCCAUACUCACAAUAUCUGAUAAAAUCGAAGUGCAUUUGGUGUUGAAGGGCCUCAUCGACCCACAAAAAGAGAUCGCAAAGCUGGAUAAGAAAAAAGAAACACUGUCACAGACUAUAAAUAAGCUACAGCAAGCAAUGGCGGCAGAAGAUUAUUCAACUAAAGUCCCUGCAGAGGUCCAAAAGGCUAACACCGAGAAACUCUCCCAGUCCCAGGGAGAGCUUGAGCGGCUUAACAAAGCUAUGGAGACACUUAAAGUUAUCGCUCCGAAACCAAGAGACAUAAACUUGAAAAAUGAUGAUGAAAUAUUCCGGUGCUCCGAGAAGGGUUGCAAGAAAGGAAAUCUACAUGAAAUGUUGUGUAAUAAGUGCCAAAAGCAUUUUUGUAUUGAACACAGAUUUCAUCCAUCAUGUCCGGAAAUUGAUGAUGAGACAAUGGCUACAAAAAUAGAACAAUAUGAAGCACCAAGAAGGCAAUUCCAAGAAGCUAAUAAAUAUUUGCAGCAACAGAUAACCGAAAACAUAAGGAAAGCCCUACAGUCUUCUGCAAAAGUGAAAACUGCAACUAAGAUCCAUCUAAUGAGAGUGAAACAGAAAGCUUCUGGUCCAAAAUCUAUUCCUGCCUCAGAAAGAGUUUAUUUUGCAAUAAAAAAGCCAAUCAAUAUGUCACCUAAACCUGUCAGAAUUGUGACAGAUGUAGACAAGGUGGAACAGAUAGAAUCAGUGACUUUAGAUCCGGAUUUAAAAGACACUGUCCCUGUUUUUAUUAGUUCU